AUGCAAGAAAACUGGAUUGCGCUGAUUAUCAGUUGUCUCGCUCUCAGAGUGUCGGUGGCAAGUAUGCUGCUCCCUGUCAAGGAAUGGCUGCACUACUGGUUUCCCCGACUGUGGCCGCCGUCGGACCAGAUUGAUGAGCGCCAUCUAGCCAAUCUCGAGUCAGGUGGUGUGAUCAGAACAGAGGCUGCUGGAAGCGCUCCUGUCACACUUGCCUCCUUGAACCAGCGCGUUGCACAGCUCGAGGCUGAAGCAAGCUUUGUCGGGAGAGUCCAAACUCUCGAUCCUCCGACACCAUCUGACUUAGAUGGUGCCAGGGCUGUUCAGCGCGCCGGCUAA